UUAUAUACAUACACUUCUAUCAUCUCAUCCAAAUCAUAAACUUCAUUCACCAUUAUUCCCACUUCAUCACAGCCUGUAACACCUUCAAAGAAACAAACAAUUUUUUAAGAUAACUUAAAAUAUUUUCAACUGUUCCAUGUUCUCUCUCUUUUAUUUUUGGUUUUGAUUCUAAGUUAAAGCUACUUUUCUUUUACAACAGUUUAUACAUUCUGUGAAUCUUGUGAAUCUGGUUUUUUCCAUUCAGCAUGUGGGAAUCUGAGAGUGAUUCAGCUGCAAGACACAAAUAUGGAGAUGGAAUUCUCACUUCAAAUAAACAUAGUGUUAAGACUCAAGGAUUUCUUCAAAGAGGAAACUCUUGGUAUGUUGCAACUGAUAUUCCAAGUGAUUUUCUUGUUCAAAUUGGAGAAGCUAAUUUCCACUUGCACAAGUAUCCUUUAAUAUCUCGAAGUGGAAAGAUGAGUAGAAUCAUAUACGAAUCGCGCGAACCGGAUGUGAAUAAGAUAGUUAUGAAUGAUAUUCCGGGUGGAUUUGAGGCAUUUGAACUUGCGGCUAAGUUUUGUUAUGGAAUUGCUGUUGAUUUAACGGCCGGAAAUAUCUCGGGACUAAGAUGUUCGGCGGAGUAUUUAGAAAUGACGGAAGAUUUAGAAGAAGGGAAUCUUAUAUUCAAAACCGAAGCAUUUCUUAGCUAUGUUGUUUUAUCGUCAUGGAGAGAUUCUAUAGUAGUUUUGAAAAGCUGCGAAAAGCUUUCGCCGUGGUCGGAGAAUCUUCAAAUUGUUCGAAGAUGCAGCGAGUCGAUAGCUUGGAAAGCUUGUGCUAAUCCAAAAGGGAUAAGGUGGUCAUACACGGGAAGAACAUCGUCGAAAAUUUCUAGUUCGAGAUGGAAUAGCAGUAGUAAUAAUAAUGAUAUGAUGAAAGAUGCGACGAGUCCGAGUAGGAAUCAACUAGUUCCUCCUGAUUGGUGGUUUGAAGAUGUUUCGAUUCUUAGGAUUGAUCAUUUUGUUAGAGUCAUUACUGCUAUUAAGGUUAAGGGAAUGAGAUUUGAGUUAAUCGGUGCUGCGAUAAUGCAUUAUGCAACAAAAUGGCUACAAGGGUUGGUUAGUGAAACAACAAUCACAUUCGACGAAACGAGCAAUUACGGUAUCGGUAAUAGUCAUAGUAGUAGUAGUAGUGGUAGCGGUAGUAACUGGAUUAAAGGCGGCGGUGGUGGACUUCAUAUGGUUGUAUCGGGCGGAACAAGAGACGAAACUUCAACUCUUCAAGCAAAAGAACAAAGAAUGAUCAUUGAGAGUCUCAUAAGCAUUAUUCCUCCUCAGAAAGAUACGGUUUCGUGCACUUUUCUUCUUAGGCUUCUGAGAAUGGCAAUCAUGUUAAAAGUUGCACCUGCGUUGGUUACGGAAUUGGAGAAAAGAGUUGGAAUGCAAUUCGAACAAGCUACACUUACUGAUCUUUUGAUUCCUUGUUAUAAUAAAGGCGAAACAAUGAUGUAUGAUGUUGAUCUUGUUUUGAGGCUACUCGAGCAUUUUCUCGUGCAAGAACAAACCGAAAGUUCUAGUCCAAAAAGACAGUCAAUUUCUGAGAAUCAUUUAGGAAGUAAUCUUAAUGCAAAAGCAAGAGUAGCAAGACUUGUUGAUAGCUAUCUUACAGAAGUUUCAAGAGAUCGAAACCUUUCAUUGACGAAAUUUCAAGUACUCGCUGAAGCUUUACCUGAAUCGGCCAGAACCUGCGAUGAUGGACUUUAUAGAGCUAUUGAUUCCUACCUCAAGGCACAUCCCACACUAUCUGAGCACGAAAGGAAACGACUCUGUCGUGUAAUGGAUUGUCAGAAACUCUCAAUUGACGCGUGCAUGCACGCGGCGCAAAACGAAAGGCUCCCAUUAAGAGUAGUUGUGCAAGUUCUAUUCGCGGAACAGGUAAAGAUAAGUACUGCACUAUCCAAUCCUUCUUUGAAAGAUGUUGAAACCUUUACUCAACCAAUGGUUACAAACCGAAAAACGCUACUCGAGGCGACUCCGCAAUCAUUCCAAGAAGGAUGGACAUCUGCUAAAAAAGAUGUCAACACACUAAAAUUUGAGCUGGAGAAUGUGAAAGCUAAGUAUUUGGAGCUUCAAAAUGAUAUGGAAAAUUUGCAGAAACAAUUUGAUAAGAUGUUAAAGCAGAAGCAAAGUUCAGCUUGGAGUAGUGGUUGGAAGAAAUUGAGCAAACUAACAAAGAUGACAAAUGUGCAAAACCAUGAUCAUGAUAUUUCGCCUCGGAGUAAUAAUCUAGCUUCUGUAGAACAGAACAGAAAGAGUACUAGAAGAUGGAGAAAUUCAAUAUCUUGAUUCCUAUAAGAUGAGAAAAAUUCUCAAUUGAUUCUAGCCAAUAUGUAUUUUUCAUAUUCAAUCACAAAAUGAUUUUGCUCAAGUUUUAUGUAAAAAUCUUUUGAUUCAAUCCUCUUUGUAUUCAUUUCCAAGGAGCAUAUUCAAUCAGAUAUAAAAGAGAAUUAUGUAUCAGAAUAUUUAUAGAUUAUAGUGUUAUAUUAUGAGGAUGAAAUUAAUUAGCAAAAUAAAGUUCAUAAGAAUAUUUAUAGAUUAUAGUGUUAUAUUAUGAGGAUGAAAUUAAUUAGCAAAACAAAGUUCAUAAGUAGGGAAGAGAGAAGAAAGCAACAAGAUUUGUACUCCAACAUAAAAUCAUGUCAUCAUGCAUAAAUAAAUAUCAGUUUAAUAGAA